CGAAAGUGUCUUGCGGGAGGAAGGCACCAUAAGAGUCUAUAGCAGCUGCAUCUCUGCUCUGCGUCCCACGCCGGCAAGUGGUUCGCGCAUUGAUCGCGCCGGAAAGGCCCUCUACGUGAAAGGCGAGAUGCUGCUCGCGUAUGAGGUGAGUAAUACUGCAUUAUUUUGAGGUACAGCUCCCUGGGCAUGCAUUGAAAUUUCGCACCGAUGCCAGAUGGAUUGCCAUCCGUUGACACCGGGCCAGGGGUAUCCGGCUCCAACGGUCGUGUGUGGAUAUACUGGGACGCGUUGGGCGAAGUGGGUCGCCCAAAUUACAGUAAGAGAGCGCCAGUCGGAGAAUAUCUACCAGCAGAAGGAUACCAAGGUCCUUUCGGCCAAGGUGUGUCUGAUAACUGCUCUCAUCAAGCCAGACUGUAGGUAGAGACCCGUGAGGUGGCAUCGUCCGUGGCAUUCGUUGAAGUGGUCCCGCAAUAUACUCUGCACGCAGAAGAGGGUGCAGUCCGUGAAUCCUUUGGAAAAGUCAGCAAGGUAGAUGUGGGCAUCGAUCAUCAUGAGGCAAGACUUGACAACUGGCCAGCAUCGAAUAUCAAGAGGGUCACUGGAUCUAGACGCUGUAGGAGGCAACGAUUCCUGUCUCCGACGCGUUGAAAGGCCAUCUAGACAAAUUUUGAC